UGCCUGGCUGUUGGACUUGCCGUCAACUAUCUGGCCCCCUCCUGCUCGCUAGGGAUUUCACAUUCUAUUUCCAGCUCGGUCACCACCGGCUCUGUCAGUACGGAUCCGGUACCUGACGCCCAGACCACCGAUUCAAACUCGCCCACAAGCUGGUGGUCAGAUUGGCUGCUUGAUUUUUAUUCUUACUCAACGCUUACAUCCAACUUAUCAACGCCAGCUUGCAAUGAUCCUGGUCCUCUAGCCAGAUCACGUUGCCAUUUGCUCUUCUAUGCUCUCUUACAACGCCUCCUCGAAGCGGGUUCCGGGCCCGGCUUAUUGGUGGAAACUCUAAGAAUACUCUCCCGUGUCUGGUCUGCUCCAUCUUUGCAGUCUUCUGUAUCUAAUGCCGAGGAUACGGCAGCUUCAAACUCGAUAGAUAGCAAGUUCUUUGCUCGGCGAUUUGAUUUGUCGUCUGAUCCUAGUCGGAUCGGCACAAGAUCGACAGAUCUAUUGGCCUGGAUCCUUCAUCUCAUCGAGUUAAUUAUUUUCAGAAAGCCCGACGAGUCUUCAUCUGACUUAGAUGAUGAUUUUAAUGAUGAUUUGGAUAUAUCCAAGACUCAGACCGCCUUAAGUUAUAAGGCGACUUUGAAGAGACUCUAUCAAGUACGUUGUUAUUUUGACUUUUAA